GCAGGAGGGCAGGCUUAAGGAGCUGUACUGGGGGGAGGGCAGGGACAAGCAGGCCGAGGACUGGCCGGGGGAGGGAGCAUGGAGCCAUCUGGGUCCCAGAGGCUUGGGGCCGAGCCCAGCUGGUGGGGUAGCGCCCCCCAGUACCAGUACAUGCCCUUUGAACACUGCACCAGCUACGGACUGCCCUCCAAGAGUGGGGGCCUGCAGCACAGGCUCCGGAGGGAUGCAGGCCCCCGUCCCAACGCCCGCCCCACACAGAUCUAUGGCCAUCACAAAGCGCAGUUCUCAGACAAUGAGCAGGACACGGGGAUGCCCGAGACGAUGGACUCCAGUGCUUCCGUGGACAACAUGGAAGAGGAUCACUAUUCUAAAUGUCAAGGUUGUAUCCACCGUCUGGGACUCAUGGUGAGAAGAAAAUUAGGGGAAGAUUGGAUCUUUCUGCUGCUUCUGGGGCUGCUUAUGGCUCUGGUUAGCUGGUGCAUGGAUUAUGUCAGUGCCAAAACCCUUCAGGCCUACAAGUGGACCUACUACCAGAUGCAGCCCAACCUGCCUCUGCAGUUCCUGGUCUGGGUCAGCUUCCCACUUACCCUUAUCCUCUUCAGUGCCCUCUUCUGCCACCUCAUCUCUCCCCAGGCUGUCGGCUCUGGAAUCCCUGAAAUGAAGACAAUACUUCGCGGGGUUGUCCUGAAGGAAUAUCUCACCCUCAAGGCCUUCGUGGCCAAGGUUGUGGCCCUGACUGCGGGGCUGGGCAGUGGCAUCCCUGUGGGGAAAGAGGGCCCUUUUGUCCACAUUGCCAGCAUCUGCGCCGCUGUCCUCAGCAAGUUCAUGUCCGUGCUCUGUGGGGUGUACGAGCAGCCAUACUAUUACACUGACAUGCUGACCGUGGGCUGUGCAGUAGGAGUCGGCUGUUGCUUUGGGACACCGCUUGGAGGAGUGCUGUUUAGCAUCGAGGUCACCUCUACCUACUUUGCCGUGAGGAACUACUGGCGAGGAUUCUUUGCAGCCACAUUCAGCGCCUUUGUUUUCCGAGUGCUAGCCGUGUGGAACAAGGAUGCUGUCACCAUCACAGCUCUCUUCAGAACCAAUUUCCGAAUGGAUUUCCCCUUUGACCUGCAGGAACUCCCAGCCUUUGCAGCCAUCGGGAUUUGCUGUGGUUUCCUGGGAGCUGUAUUUGUGUACCUGCAUCGCCAAGUCAUGCUCGGUGUCCGAAAGCACAAGUCCCUCAGCCAGUUUCUGGCUAAGCACCGCCUGCUCUAUCCUGGAAUUGUUACCUUUGUCAUCGCCUCCUUCACCUUCCCACCAGGAAUGGGACAAUUCAUGGCUGGAGAGUUGAUGCCUCGCGAAGCCAUCAGUACCCUGUUUGACAACAACACAUGGGUAAAGCAUGUAGGGGACCCUGAAAGCCUGGGCCAGUCAGCUGUGUGGAUCCACCCAAAAGUCAAUGUCGUCAUCAUCAUCACCCUCUUCUUCAUCAUGAAGUUCUGGAUGUCCAUCGUGGCCACCACUAUGCCCAUACCCUGCGGAGGCUUCAUGCCUGUGUUUGUGCUCGGAGCUGCAUUUGGAAGGCUGGUAGGAGAGAUCAUGGCCAUUCUUUUCCCAGAUGGCAUCUUAUUUGAUGACAUCAUCUACAAGAUCCUGCCUGGGGGCUAUGCAGUAAUUGGAGCAGCAGCGCUGACUGGUGCAGUAUCCCACACAGUCUCCACAGCCGUGAUUUGCUUCGAACUAACGGGUCAGAUCGCUCACAUCCUACCCAUGAUGGUGGCUGUUAUCUUGGCCAACAUGGUGGCUCAGAGCCUGCAGCCCUCCCUUUAUGACAGCAUCAUCCAGGUCAAGAAACUACCCUACUUGCCUGACCUUGGUUGGAACCAGCUCAGCAAAUUUACAGUCUUUGUUGAGGACAUCAUGGUACGGGACGUGAAGUUUGUUUCAGCUUCUUGCACUUAUGGGGAGUUGCGAAACUUGCUCCAGACCACCACAGUCAAGACUUUACCACUGGUUGAUUCAAAAGAUUCGAUGAUCCUGCUGGGCUCCGUGGAGCGUUCAGAACUGCAGUCCCUUCUGCAGCAUCACCUGUGUCCUGAGCGGAGGCUGCAGUUAGCCCAGGACAUGGCAAGGAAGUUGUCAGAGCUGCCCUUCGACGGGAAGGUGCGGCAGGCUGGGGAGGGGCGCCGUGGCGUCCAGGGUCGACCCGAGUCUUUUGCCUUUGUGGAUGAGGAUGAAGAUGAGGACCUCUAUGGGAAGCCCGAGCUGCCUCCUCUUCCUCCUCCUCACCCCUUUCCUACUGCUCCACUGCCCCCCGAAGAGCCCAACGGGCCCCUGCCCGGCCACAAACAGCAGUUGGAAGCACCGGAGCUUGAAGGUCAAAGACCCUCCAUCUUUCAAUCCCUGCUGCACUGCUUGCUGGGCAGAGCUCGCCCCACAAAGAAGAAAAUGACCCAGGAUUCAGAGGAUUUAGUGGAUAACAUGGCACCUGAAGAGAUUGAGGCCUGGGAACGAGAGCAGCUGAGCCAGCCUGUCUGUUUUGACUCUUGCUGUAUCGACCAGUCCCCCUUCCAGCUGGUGGAGCAGACGUCGCUGCACAAGACUCACACUCUCUUCUCCCUGCUCGGCCUCCACCUUGCAUACGUGACCAGCAUGGGGAAGCUCACGGGGGUGCUGGCCUUGGAGGAGCUGCAGAAGGCCAUUGAGGGGCACACCAAGUCUGGGGUGCAGCUCCGCCCUCCUCUUGCCAGCUUCCGGAGUGCAACUUCGACUCGAAAGUCUCCUGGGGGCCCACUCCCUGCUGCAGAGGCCUGGAGCCUGCCUCAGGAUGGAAGUGGGGCCACUGGGGCAGGGGAUGUGGCUCCUGCGUCCCCAGAGCCCCCUGUGCCAUCUGCCUCCCCAGAGCCCCCUCCCUCCUGGGCUCCGGCCAAGGCAGAGAGUGAGCUGGAGGAACUGGAGCUGGCGGGGGCUCCGGGGCCGGAGGGGGAGCUGGCCGACAUCCUGCAGGGCCCCAGUCUGCGAUCCACCGAUGAUGAGGAUGAAGAUGAACUGGUCCUCUGAGCGCCUCCCAGACCGCCGCAUAAAGACCGUCCAGAG